AUGCCGACCGAGAUCGGACGAGCGAGCGCCGACCAACUCCGCGGGGGCGCAGAAAUCAGUGUUAGGUUCAAAUUCAAAGCUCGGCACUCGGGACUGCGCGGGGGCUUCCUCCACCUAUCCAACUUUUCUUCUCGACUUCUUUCUUGCAACCACGGACACAGCGAGGGCACUCCAAGGACAUGUGCGCCGGGGGAGUGCAGACUUGAAAGCAUGCUCGGCACCACAACGAGCACGGCAACCGUCCGAGCAGCCUGGCGUCCCUUUUCCACCACCGUCUCUGUCGGUUUCGCCAGCAGCUCCAAGCGCGACCCGGCUGCAUUCUGGACUUCGGACGAGCGGCUCAUCAAAGCGAUCCGUCGCAGGCAAGAGACAUACCGGUUGGCUCAGGUCGGCAACAGCGCGCGCAAGAAGUCGGACCGCGUCGAAGCCGCCCAGCUCGCCAACGCCGAGGUGCGCUGGCUUGUGCAGCACGUCCGAAAGCUCCAGACCGACACCGCCGCCAGCGAGCAGAACUCUCGUCAGAUUCUGGACAGGAACUCACGGCGUAAGCUCGUUGCUAUGGCGACGCAGAUGACACGCGCCAAUGUGCCGCUGUCCUAUCUGCUCGGCUCGAUGCCAUUUGGAUCGCUGCCCGUCGAGCUCACCGUCCGACCGCCCACCCUCCUGCCGCGGCCAGAAACCGAGCACUGGGCAACUGCAGUCGUCGCCGAUCUUCUUCGCGCCAUCGAGGCGUCCACCACCUCAAGCUCGAGCACACCUCCGACCAUUCGCAUCGCGGAUCUCUGCACGGGCUCGGGGUGCGUGGCGCUACUCAUCGCUCAUGCGCUACGCAGCGAGCUCGGCGAUGACGCAGACUGGCGCGUUGUGGCGUGCGAUCGGUCGCCGCUAGCGGUCCACCUCGCCAGGGAGAACGCGGCGAAGCUCGGAUUCAGUGAGCGCAACGUACGCAUUGUCGAGGCCGACGUGUUUAGCGACGUGGAUAUGGACGGUCUGGCGAGCAUUGCGGGCGGGCCGUUCGACGUGGUGGUUAGCAACCCGCCCUACAUCCCGCGCAGGGAGUGGCAGACGCUGUCGGCCGAAGUCAGGGCGCACGAGGAUCCCGCCGCGCUGAUUGGAGAGCGAGACAUUCCCCCUGCUACGUUGGAGCGAGUGCCGGGGGAAGGCAUUGUACAAGACGGCGGGAGUGAUGUGCAGCGCAGCUUUGUCGAUCGCACAGGGCUGGCGUUUCACCAACGCCUGGCAGAGCUCCUGUAUCGUCCGUCGUUUUCCGCUCGCGAUUCGCAGUGGAGGGCGCAUGGUGUGCCGCGGCUCGUCGCAGAGUACGGCAAGGGUCAGCAGCGACUGGUAGCCAAGCUGCAUGCCGAGCUCGUGGCGCCGGCGGACAGACUGCCGCGCGUCGUAAGACUGCCUAAACACCAGCUGGUCGUGGUUGGCGUGGGGAAUGCUACCACGCAUCCGCUGACGCGGCAUUCGAUCGGACAGGUGGUGCUGGACCCGCUGCUUGCACGGCUUGUCGCGCACGAUGCGCAGAUACGACGGCAUCUCGCCCAGGCGCGCGACGGCCUGGAACAGGAGCGCACCGAAGCGCUCGCCUCGGGUCGAAUCGAUCCGCAUGCUCGACCCGACUGGACGCAGCCCGUACCUGCUCAAAUUCCGCUAUCUUGCGCGUCGACAGAGGGGCAGUAUCUUGACCCGAAUGACAGGGUCGCAAUGCCGACCGAGCUGACCAAAGUCCGGGCGGGUAAGAGCGGUGGAUGGGCUGCAACGUUUCCACUGCUUGUGCGUUCUGACUCCUCAUCGCACGUGUACCAGGUCGAGGUAUCGCUGUACAAGCCGAGCCAAGCGAUGAACCUGUCCGGUGUAGGUCUGCGCGCCUUCCUCACCGCGCACCAUCCCAAUCCCACCGACCCUGCGGUUGUAGACGAUACACUCGUGCUACAAGACGAUCUUGACAUUGAUUUCGGACUGGUCAAAUCCAAGAGCACCGGCUCGGCGAGCGGCCACAACGGCGUACGUGAUAUCCUUGCGCGCCUAAACGUCGUCGAUACCAAACUCGCCCGCCUCAGAAUAGGUAUCGGUCGUCCUCCUCCUCCCGCUAAAGAAGCCAAGAAUGAGUGGCUACCAUCGCUUGGAAAGAAGGCUGCAAAGGCGAUACCCGUGGAUAAAUGGGUGCUUUCCAAGCUCUCCAAAGAUGAACUGGCCAGCUGCACAGCCCGGGAUGGCGCGGUGGUGGGGCAGGUGGAAACGGCCGCGUUGGAGUGGAUACAACAGCGAUGCGCCCACAUCGCCGCAGCAAACGACAGAGAGCCAAAGUUGGCCAUGCGCAAAGACCAGUUCGGCAUGCACCGCUCCGUCUGGAUCUACUAG